AGGUGGCCCGGUCUGGGGGACCCCAGCCCUGAUCGCAUGUUUCUCUUGCAGGUUCAGACAUGGCCAAGUCCAAGAACCACACCACACACAACCAGUCCAGGAAGUGGCACAGAAAUGGCAUCAAGAAACCUCGAUCACAAAGAUACGAAUCUCUUAAGGGGGUCGACCCCAAGUUUCUGAGGAACAUGCGCUUUGCCAAGAAACACAACAAGAAAGGCCUGAAGAAGAUGCAGGCAAACAAUGCGAAGGCCAUGAGUGCACGCGCAGAGGCCAUCAAGGACCUGGUGAAGCCGAAGUUGGGAAAGCCCAAGAUGCCGAAGGGCCCCAGCCGCAAACUCAGCCGCCUUGCUUUCAUGGCUCACCCCAAGCUUGGGAAGCGGAUUAGAAGCUACAUGGCCAAGGGUCGCAGGCUCUGCCAACCAAAGCCCAAGGUUCAAACCAAGGCAGAGGCCUCGGCUCCAGCCAAGGCCCCGGCUUCAGCUCCUGCUCAUGUUCCCAAAGGUGCCUAGGCCCCUGUGAAGACCCCAUAGAAAAGGUUUCUUCCAGGGUGAAGACAGAUGGACUGGUGUGACACGCCUACACGCUAUCUGCAGGUGAUCAUGCCCUGUGCCGUUUUUACAAAUAAACUUGAAGCAAGACCUGUUAA